GACGUCUCCACCUCAUAAAAGAAGCCACCCUCAACACUUCUUCGCGCAGAAUAACCAUGGCUUCGCCGUUGCAGCAGAUUCCCGCAGAAGUUUUAUGCAAAAUAGCGUGGUAUUGCUAUGCCGACAAUUUACAUACCAUCGGGGUCCUACGCCGUACUUGCAGGGAUAUCUACAACAAGAUCCAAUUUGAGUAUGCCAAUGCAUACUUCAACAUGAUCGUCGUCAACGUGGAAGCUGAUAGACUUCGCACACUGAUGCGCGUCAUCCAACACGACACGUUCCGUCUCUAUGUACGAAAGAUACAUAUCCAUGUGGAGAGAAUUGUGCGAGACAGUGUUGAUCAGUACGAAGAGUAUGGUGACACAGGCCUUCACCAUCCCAUCAUGCGCUUUAUUGAGCAGGGGCGCUUCGAGACGCUGUUUCGCCAAGGCGUGCAGCUACUUCCUAAACUCGAGGAUUUCGAAAUCGGUCUGCCUGAGCUUGAUAUUGUGUUGCCGGAGGAUAUGCCUCUGUUCCGUCGGUGUUGGACGAGACUAUUGCAGUCGAUUCUGUCUGUCAUCGUUGCAGAGAGGAUCCAAAUGAAAAGAUUCGCUCUGAUAGACUACUACAAGCUGUGCUGCCCAGUCUCACCGGCUGUCCUUGACGAAAUCUCGAGGAGGCCAGAACUUCUUAAGGGUCUGGAUGUCUUAAACCUACAGCUCCGGGUUGGAAGCCGUUCACGCGCGGAAUCCAAUCCAUCAUCUGCGCCAGAGCUCAUUCGCAUUCUGAAGGCCGCAACGAGGCUGACGGAACUCGGUCUGCUACUCGACCAUUCCGAGGCCUGUGAGAGCCUACUUCUCGAAUUACCACGCACCCUCGACAUCCUCCCGAUGCUCCGGACGCUGAGACUGGAGCACAUCAAUGCGCCCAUUGACGUCCUCGUGGGCUUCCUCCGCGCAUACAAGCGUACGGUCCGGGAUCUUCGUCUGGAAGAUUUCAUUCUCACUGUGGGAGCGUGGUCUGAUGUGUUCGGGUUCAUGCUGGAUGAAAUGACCCUGCAGAGCCUGUACCUAUGCAACCUCUGCGGGCUCUCUCAUAGAAUGUCAUUCGCGAAGAUUCUCGCGGAGCGGCCUUACGCGGAAGAAGAUGUGUUUUGGCUCAGGGCUCCCUUUCCACCACCACAGCAAGAUGAUGAUAACGCCGGCGAGAUCAUAGCAGACGACAAUGAUCACGACGAGCCUUUGGACGACUCCGACAACGACGACUCCGACGAAGAAAACGCCCACGAACACGCCCACGAAUCCCCAAAUAGCAACAACAACAACAACGACGAGGAGGAGGAGGAGGAGGAGGAGGAGGAGGAGGAGGAGGAGGGGGACUACGACGAUGAAUCAUACGAACACUCCCUCGCCGACUAUCCCUCCUCCCUAGACUCCUGGGACGAUCACCCCCACCGCCUUCAUCCCGUCUCCUCCGGCGAUUUCUUCCGCAGCCUUCUCGAACCGUCCAUCAGUUACACGUACAUCACCCGCCAGGAGGACACAAACUACAUCGAGCUGGAGCACGGUAACGGCGAGGACUUGCCUGAGUGGCUUCGCAUGGUGGUGGAUCAGCACAUGAUGGAGCCUGUCGGUGAGCUCCCGAAGACGUUGUGAUCGUGCGCGUCGAGAGUGUGUUUGAGCGCUGAUGUAGACGUCGGAGAGUGUAUUGGGGUAUUGUAGGAAAAGGCUAUCGUGGUACGCUGUAGCUGGAUCGAAUGAGAUCACUCUGGGCUUAUGUCUAUGGGGGAGACGUCACUGCAAGCUUGUGGAUAGAUUGUCAGCCUGCUAUGGAAUUGAAUUGAUG